UUGACUAAAAAAGAUAAAAAAGCAGUUGCAAUUUUAGAGUGAGUUGGACUCUUUCGCGCAUAUAUUAUCAUCUUCCUUUCAAUAGCACUGAAAUCUUUUUAAGAAAUCGAGUUCUGUAAAAAUGUCAAACAAUUUCGAAUUGGGUACAACGGAAAAUAUUAACAACAAUGAGGAAGAUGAUGAAGAGCUGUUGAACUCAUUUCCGGCGGGUUAUCGGUUCAAGCCACGCGACGACGAACUCGUCCUUUUUUACUUGAAGCCCAAGCUGCUGAAUUUACGAUUACCUCCCAAUAGAAUCAGGGAUGUUGAAUUGUACCAUUACAAUCCACAGCAGCUUAUAGAAAAGUAUGGAUCAUAUGGAGAAGAAGAAUGGUAUUUUUUUACACCAAGAGAGAAAAAAUACCGAAACGGAUUGAGACCGAACCGAACAGCAGGUGAUGGAUACUGGAAAGCCACCGGAGCUGAUAAGAUCCUUAGAUCUGAAAGCCAUGAAAUUGGAUAUAGAAAGGCUUUGGUUUUCUACAAAGGAAAACCCCCUAAAGGUGAAAAAACAGAUUGGAUGAUGCAUGAAUUUAGACUCAAAGAUCCUCCCGCUAAGCUUUCUCAAGAUGAAAUGCGGUUAGAUGAUUGGAUAUUAUGCAAAAUUUAUCAAAAGAGUGAUAAAUCAACGAAAAAUUCAGCUUUAAUAUCAGAUAAUCCACAAGGAGUCGUGAGUUUUGAGUAUGGAAGUGAUGAAUUUGGAGAAAUGGAUGAUAAUCUUUAUUGUGAUUAUCUGAUGUUUGACCAUAAUCCUUCCUUGUUGCUGGACGAUAAUUUUUGUGAUUAUUAUGAUCCGAGCUUAAUUCCAAUGGCGAUGGUGGAACAAGGUAGAAUGGACAGUCCUGAUAAAAAAACCACAUCGUGACGACAAACAUUUCAAUUGAAUAUUUAUUUUUGUUUCAUUAUCAAUGUUUGCUUAUAAACAUUUAGGUUUGAAUCGUUUAGAUGGAUAACGUAUGAAUAUAAUGUGUUUCCCCAUAAAUUAUAGAAGUGGACAAUUGUCCUCCUUUACACACUCCAA